CAGACUCUGCUAUAGACUUUUCUGGUCUUGUUGCUGCACUUUCUUCAAACAAACAAGGAAACAACAAGGUAGUCUUGAUAAAUGACAAAUAUCUACAAACACAUGGAUGAUGACUGAACAAGGCCAAAAUGCCAGAUCAAUGAAGCAGCCAGUAUCAAGUGAGAGUGAGUCAGCUAGUGAAGGUCACUAUAACCAUGAAGCUAAUUUGCCCAAGCCUCCAAGUGCCACCUAUAGUGUGCUCCAGGAACCAGACCUAGCUGGGACGUAUCAAUAUACCUUCCUCUCUCAAGGAACUUCGAAUUACCAGCAGGAGAAUGCUGAUGAUAUUAUAGAAAGUGACCAAGAGAUGUACACCAAUGCUGAUUAUUCUAUGCAGGAUUAUGCCAAUGCAGAUGAUCUUACUAUGCAUAGCGCCCCCUAUGAUAACAUCGAUGCCAACAGUGAUGCCAUAGCACAUACAGAUGCUGUGCUUCGGGAGAAGAUCAAUGGUGAGAUUGAGGCCUUCCAAUCUGCUCUCCACAAUCUGUUAUCUGAGAGAAAUCUACACCUUUACCAACUUAUCAGGCCAAGUGAUAGUGGAACACAGCAUGUUUUGGAUGAAGACAUCACAUUCCUGGAGAAUACUUCAGAUGAUAAGAAUACAACAGGUUCAAGUGGGCAAAAUUCUCAACAAACCGACCAUUCUUACAUGUUUGGCA